UAUCUGUUUAGCCUCGCGGCGAUUGAGAAACGUCCUCGUAAGCUUAUGCUUAUGCGGCAGCAGCAACGAUCAGAGAGCCGCACGUGGACGCGCAGAACAUAAUAACAUCUAUUUGCGGAUCGCGAGACGAGGAUCGCGCCGAGGCACUAGUUUCGAGUCGUCUAUCGUUGCCCGCGAGCAUCGCUUUGAUUCGCUCCGCGUUAUCGCUGCUGCUUCUGAUUUUGUUACGCGCGCCGACAUGGCGAGAUGCAGCGGGUCCUCGAUCAGCAAGGCAGUGGCCCUUUGCUUAUUCCUGGCCGUUCUAGUUGAGGCCUACAAGCUUCCGAGCGACGCCAAGAAAAACGCCAAGAUCGUCGUGAUCGGCGCGGGAGCGUCCGGAAUCGCGGCUGCCUCGAAGCUCUUCGAGAACGGCUUCAGCAACGUAACCGUUUUAGAGGCCGAGGAUCGGAUAGGCGGUCGCGUCUACACGGCUCGAUUCGCCAACUACUCGGUUGAUCUCGGCGGGCAAUGGGUGCACGGCCAAGAUGGAAACGUCGCCUACGGCCUGGCCAAUCCGCUGGGACUGUUGGACGCGUCCGAUCGACCGGACUUCGGUUUCAAGCAGAAACUCGUGGAUUCUCAGGGGGAGCCGAUCGACGACGCAGUCGCUGAAAAAUUAUGGCUCUUUUUCAUGGAAAAUCUGCACGACGUGGAAUUCCAUAACGAUACCACCUACGAGUCCAUCGGUCAAUACGCCGAUAAAGUAUUUGACGAGAAGUUUCAAAACGAUCCCGAAAUAUUGAAGAACAAAAGUAAGUAUUCGCACUUAUUGGAAUCGAUGAGAUUGAGCGCGGACCCGGCCGAUUGUUGGCUCGAGUUAUCUGCCCUCGGUUCCCAAGUCUAUAAGGAAUAUCCUGGCGAUCAAGUAGUCAACUGGAAGACCAGAGGCUACUCCACUAUUUUGGAUAUUCUCAUGAAAGCUUUUCCGAAUCCUGAACAAGAAUUGCCGGUGAGGAACAACACGAUUUUAAGCACCGAGGUCACUUCGAUCAAUUAUUCCAAUUUGAAGGACGAUUUGCCGAUUUUAAUCACUACGAAAAAUGGAAAUCUGUACAAAGCCGAUCACGUGAUAGUGACGGUUUCUUUGGGAGUAUUGAAAGAAAGACACCAAAAUCUCUUCAUACCUUCACUGCCAGAGGAUAAAGUUUCUGCCAUAGAAGCAAUUGGAUUUGGUAACGUGGCAAAAAUAUACCUUCAGUACGACCAUCCGUUUUGGGAGGUGGGUGACAAUAGGAUCUUGGCUUUCUCAUUCGUCUACAACGACGACGAUCGGCUGAAACUCCAAACAGACCCGGAGAAAGAAUGGCUGCUGGGCAUGUACGGCGCGAUGACGGUCGAAUCGAAGCCGAAGCUCCUGACGCUCUGGGUGACGGGAAAAUACGCCAAACAGAUGGAGGCUCUGAGCGAGGACAAGGUUCUCCUGCACGCAGCGGAGAAUCUUCGACGAUUCCUGAAGAAGAGCUAUCCCGACAUGGGGGAACCGGUGGCGAUGCUGCGAUCGCAGUGGUUCACGAAUCUGCACUUCCGAGGCACCUACAGUUAUCGCAGCGUGGAGACCCACAAGCGCGGAGCAUUUCCGGCAGCGCUGGAGAAACCCGUGCUCCCGGAGAAAAUGGCGCUUCUGUUCGGAGGAGAGGCGAGCGAAAGCGAGCGAUUCUCGACGGUGGAUGGUGCCAUUAGAGCCGGCUGGAAAGCAGCUCAACGCUUAACAGAUUUUUAUGAAAAUAAAUCAUAAUUGAAAACGAUGAAUUCUUAAUAAUUUUUAAUGUCAAGGCUAAAACAUUGCGUAAAACAUAUUUUGUAUAUUUUUUCAUUUAUUCAAAUCUAAUGAAAAU